AAGAAGUGAAAGAACAUGUACAUAUAUAAAUAUAAAUUUUAAAUAUAUAAUCGAUAUAUAUAGAAAGAGAAGGUAGUGAGAGAAUCAUAACCAUCAUCAAUCCUCUCUUCCUUCCUGUAUAUAUUUCAAUACACACAACAAUAUAAUCAACGAAAGAAAGAAAAAGAAAGAGCUUCAUUUCACUUCCAUUGUAUUCCCCUUACACCUUUAGAUCCAGUAAAACCCUAAAGAACCUCUGCAUUUCCCCUCAAGAAUCACUUCGUAAGGUUUUGUUAGUUGGUUGCUAAUGGUGGAAAUGAAGGUGAAUUAGUGUGAUUGUUUGUUAGUAAUAAUGGAGGAUAGAGGUGGAUCAUUUGUUGCCGUUAGAAGAAUUUCACAUAGUCUUGACAGAGGCAAUACUUGCAAUACAGCUUCAGCUGAGGUUGUUGCAGGCUCAGCAGCAUGGCUUGGCAGAGGCCUCUCGUGUGUUUGCGUUCAGGGGCGUGAAGGCGAUUCACGCCCCUCGUUUGAUUUGACUCCUGCUCAGGAACAUUGCUUACAAAGGCUGCAAACCCGUUUAGACAUAGCCUAUGAUGGUUCGAUUCCAGAACAUCAGGAAGCAUUGAGGGCGUUAUGGAAGGCUGCAUUUCCUGAAGAGGAACUUCGUGAUAUAAUUUCUGAACAAUGGAAGGAAAUGGGUUGGCAAGGGAAAGAUCCUUCAACUGAUUUUCGGGGUGGAGGGUUUAUAUCACUGGAGAACUUAUUGUAUUUUGCCAGGAAUUUCCCAAAAUCAUUCCAAGAUCUUCUUAGAAAGCAGGAAGGUGUACGGGCCAUGUGGGAAUAUCCUUUUGCUGUAGCUGGUGUGAACAUUACAUUCAUGCUUAUUCAAAUGUUAGAUCUCGAAGCAGUAAAACCUCAAAGUUUUGUGGGAGCAACAUUCUUAAAGUUGCUUUCAGAAAACGAAUCGGCGUUUGAUCUUCUUUAUUGCAUAACGUUCAAGCUAAUGGAUCAUCAGUGGCUUGACAUGCAUGCUUCUUACAUGGAUUUCAACGCUGUGAUGAAGUCAACACGUCGUCAGCUUGAACGAGAGCUUUUGCAAGAAGACAUAACACGGCUUGAAGAGUUACCAUCCUACAAUCUACUUAGUCGAUAGCGGUUAAAUCUGUUUGAUCUGACAACAUUUUUAGCUACAAAGAGAUUUUCACUAUUUACUAUGGGUAAAAUGUGUUACUGCCACCUACUGCUUGAUUUGGUUUCAUUUUGUAAAAGAAAGCAAAAAGAAGAAACAGUGGUUUCAUCUCGGUUUGAGAGUGGGUUGAUUGUCUAAUGAAGCUGAAUGAUGAAUGUGCUACUAAUCUUCUUGUGAGUGAUCUUGUAAAAUUAUAUGCCAUCACUUGUUCCAGA